GUUAAAACUAGAAUUAAGUUAGAAGGAGAAGAACUAGAAAAUUACUGGGAAGUACAAAAGGAAAAAGAGAAAGAUAAAAAGAUGACAGAGGCAGCAAAUAAAAGGUAAAAUUAAUUUACAAUGAACGAUUUGAGUUGGAAUUCAGAAACCAAAUGAUUAUUAAUACGUUAAAUAAAUAAAUUACAGUUGAGGCAUUAUUAUUACUGAUUUGAAAGAGUGAUGUGGUAGAAGUCUGAUUUGAAUUCUUUAGCAAAGAAACAGUUGCAGAAAGUGACAGUGACAGCGAAGAUGAAGGGAUUGGUUUGACAUUCGGAGGAAAAGCGCGACAUGAUCUCAUGAUGUCAGACGAGAAG